AAGCCCAUCGAUGGCCCCCAAAAAAAAUCUCCAAAACGAAAGCCCAGCACGAUAUUGGCGCCGCCGCCCGCCCUUCUUUCUUCUCCCCCAAUCCAACCCCAACCUCUCUGCUGGCUGCUGUGCUUCAACUCCAAUUCGGAUCCAAAAAACAAAAGAAAAAGGAAACAAAAAACAGAAGCGCGGGAAGGAGCUUCGCCGCUCGCCGCUGUCGCAUCGCCUCCAAACUCAAACCAUCAGGAUGAUGGAUCUCCCGGCGAAGGGCGGGUUCAGCUUCGACCUGUGCCGGCGGAACGACUCUCUGGAGAAGAACGGGCUCAAGAUCCCCGGUUUCCUCAAGACUGGGACCACCAUCGUCGGCCUCGUCUUCCAGGAUGGGGUUGUGCUUGGGGCAGACACAAGGGCAACUGAGGGGCCUAUAGUUGCUGAUAAGAAUUGUGAGAAAAUCCACUUUAUGGCGCCAAACAUAUAUUGCUGUGGAGCAGGAACUGCUGCUGACACAGAGGCUGUUACAGAUAUGGUGAGCUCCCAGCUGCAACUUCACCGAUACGCAACUGGUCGUGAAUCAAGAGUUGUGACUUCUCUUACACUGCUGAAGUCACACCUUUUCAAGUAUCAAGGUCAUGUCAGUGCUGCUCUUGUUCUUGGUGGAGUGGAUUGUACUGGGCCACAUCUACACACUGUUUAUCCGCAUGGCUCCACAGAUACUCUUCCUUUUGCCACGAUGGGUUCUGGAUCGCUCGCUGCAAUGUCGGUGUUUGAAUCGAAGUACAAAGAAGGGCUUACAAGGGAGGAGGGAAUACAACUUGUAUGCGAUGCAAUCCGUGGCGGUAUCUUCAAUGACUUGGGUAGUGGCAGCAACGUGGAUGUCUGUGUGAUAACUAAGGGGAAGACAGAAUACUUGAGAAACCACCAGUUGCCGAAUCCAAGAACUUAUGUUAGUUCGAAGGGAUACAGCUUCACCAAGGGGCAGACUGAGGUACUGUCCACAAAGAUCACACAGCUGAAACAGAAGGUUGAGGUCGCUGAGGGCAGCGACGCAAUGGAGGAGUGAUCUUGCAUGUUACGUUCGGACAAGUGGUCAUACUCAUAAAUUUACGUUAUCUUUCUUAGUGGGACUGCUAGAACCAGAAAAGAAUGGAUAUCCUUGCUGUAUUUUCUGGACUGAAUCCAGACUUUUUAUGCUAAAGGUGUUUCAGAUGUUGACAUAUUUACAAGUGCUUGUUGACUCUGAAUGUAGCAUUGUUUAAAACUGUGAUGGUUUGGACGUAUGGUGUUUUCUUUCAGUCGGUUAUUACUGCUGCUGCGCUGCAUCUAUUGUUAGGUUCACGAUGAGGGAAAGGUUGGUGCUGCAAGCAUAUUUGGCCCUGAGCCCCUGAACUUGAUUGUAUUAAGAGGACACUACAAAAAUCAUGAUUGAUGUAGUGGUUUCACUAUUUGGCCCUGAGCCCCUGAAUUGUUCA